GAUAACACCAAUUUUCCGAAUCGGAUCAAGCAUUGUUGCAACGGAGGUCCAAGGAUGUUCACGGCGAUCGCGGCCGUGUCAACCGAAGACGAGCUCUUUGUGCUCGGCACGUCCUUUGGUGAGGUCAAGUGUGUGCGUUAUAUGGCAUCUGUGGGUGGAAACUCCCAUUUCAAGCAUAUCACGUUUGAUGAGAAUGCAGCCGAUUGGGAAGUCGCAGCGACGGCGUACAGCAUCUCGUGUCUGCAUGUACAUGGCUCGAUGGUUGUGCUUGGCGACGGCAACGGCACAGUUGUCUUGCUCGAAGUUGCCACGGGCAUGGAAAUGCGCCGAUACGAGAUGGAAGCAGCCGUUGUCAGUGCUACUUGGCACGGUGGCACUUUCGUUCUAGGCGAUUUGGUCGGGAAUGUGAUGGGUGUGGACGAGUACAAUGUGCGGUGGACCAAACGUAUGGACAUUGGGAUACCCUCGAAUAUCAUGACCAUGGACUCGGUGUCGACAGCAGCCUAUGUGGCGGCACUGGCAUCGGUGCGAUUGCUGGACUGUGCCGAUCAAAUUUGCUCAUACGUGGCCGUGAGCUUGGGUCGACCUGAGCUGCUGCUUACGCACUACGGCCACGUCGUUGCCACCGUGCCAGCGCCAUCGCGAAUUACGUGCGUUUGGAGUUCGAGCGAUCAGGAGGCGAAGGCGAGCGAAACCCUAGAAUCCACGGUGUUUUGUGGUAGCGAUAACGGGGUCGUGUACAAGCUCACGACUUUGAAAACGGCCGAAGGGGUAUACUCAAUCCAGUUGCAUCCCAUUGUCGAGGUUGGGUUUCGAGUGACCAAGAUCGUCAGUAGUGCAUGGCGUCAAGAGGGAAAGGACGUCGGCAGCUCGAACUUUGCGGUUGUGUGCGGCACAACCUCGACAGAACUAGUUGAAUUCGACGUCGUCAAGUUUCGACACGAGAAGCACGAGCCAUCCAUGAGCUCAACGCCAAUUGAUGUUGCAUGUGUCCGAGGGCACAUCUUCGUUCUCUACGAUACAUCCAUCUGCGUGGUGGACGCCGUCUUGGCCGCUGCAUCUGCCGUCGGCUUUGCAGCUUGAGCUGAUUCUGAUGAUGUACCUUCGGAUAAUGCAUAAUAUUAUCCGGAUAUGCGAUA